CUACGGCCGAGGGCCGGCCAACUCUUCACCAGGGAUUCGAACCAGGAGGAGAGAGAUAUGCAAUCGUGUUCGUUAAACCUCUCUUAAUUCUCAGCUCCGACGACCAACACCGCUUUACCCGCAUUAGGCGACGGCAAAAAAAUGUCGCCUUCUGCCUCCUCCGUCUUCUAUCCAAACCCACUCUUCUCCAUGCAGAAUCUCUAUGGUCGCUCUACUUCUCCCUAUAUACCGUGGAGAAAUCCUAAUUUGGCGAGGAUGAAACUGACAGUUAGAGCUACCGGGAAGAAGAUAUCUUACGGGAAAGACUGCAGGGAGGCCUUGCAAGCUGGAAUCAAUAAGCUCGCCGAUGCUGUCUCUGUGACUCUAGGGCCCAGAGGGAGAAAUGUUGUUCUUUCUGAUUCUAAGUCACUGAAGGUGGUGAAUGAUGGGGUUACGAUAGCUGGGGCAAUAGAGCUUUCUGAUACAAUGGAGAAUGUGGGAGCGACUCUAAUCCAAGAGGUUGCUGUUAAAGUGAAUGCUUUGGCUGGUGAUGGCACAACAACUGCAAUCAUUUUGGCUCGUUCCAUGAUCAAAUAUGGUAUGUUAGCCGUUGCUUUUGGGGCCAGUCCAAUUUCUUUGAAGAGAGGAAUUGAUGCCACAGUUAAAGAGUUGAUCGAAGUCUUGAAGAAGAACAGCUAUCCUGUUAAUGGAAGGGAAGACAUAAAAGCCAUUGCCUCAAUUUCUGCUGGAAACGAUGAAUUCGUUGGCAACUUAAUUGCUGACACUAUUGAGAAAAUUGGCCCCGACGGAGUAAUCUCCCUAGAAACAUCUCAAACCUCAGAAACUAUUGUGACAAUAGAUGAAGGGCUGAAGGUAGUAGUUGACAAGGGUUAUAUGUCACCUCAUUUCAUCACAAAUCAGGAGAAAUCUUUGGUAGAAUUUGACAAUGCGAAAGUUCUAGUAACAGACCAGAGAAUUGCUUUUGUCCAAGAAAUACUUCCGGUCUUAGAAAAGACUACCCAACUAAGUGUUCCAUUGCUAAUUUUUGCUGAGGACAUCUCGAAGCAAGUGUUGGAAACACUAGUGGUCAACAAGAUGCAAGGUUUACUAAAUGUUGCAGUUGUGCAAUGUCCUGGUUUUUUAGAAGGAAAGAAAGCUAUUCUGCAAGACAUUGCCCUAAUGACAGGCGCUGAUUUUCUUUCUGGAGAUUUCGGUCUUUCAAUAAUGGGUGUAACCUCAGAUCAACUUGGCAUCGCGCGGAAAAUCACCAUAACCAGUAACUCAACUACCAUAGUAGCGGAUCCUCUGAUGAAACCCGAAAUUCAAGCGAGAAUUCUGCAGCUAAAGAAGGAUCUUGCGGAAACAGACAAAGCAUCUUUGUCAAGAAAGCUAUCUGAAAGAAUAGCGAAACUAUCUGGAGGUGUUGCUGUGAUUAAGGUUGGUGCACACACGGAAACAGAACUGGAAGAGAGGAAGCUCAGAAUUGAAGAUGCUAAGAAUGCAACAUUUGCUGCCAUGGAUGAAGGAAUAGUGCCUGGUGGUGGUGCAGCAUACGUCCAUCUUGCCAAGCACGUACCGACCAUAAAAAGUGCCAUGACAGAUGAGAAUGAGCAGAUUGGUGCUGAUAUUGUGGCAAAGGCACUUCUUGCUCCUGCAAAAACAAUUGCAACUAACGCAGGAGUAGAUGGUGAAGUUGUGGUGGAAAAGAUUCAAGCUUGUGACUGGCGAACUGGAUACAAUGCAAUGACGGAUACAUAUGAAGAUCUUCUAGAUGCUGGGGUAGCAGACCCAUGUAAAGUUUCAAGGUGUGCUCUCCAAAGUGCUGCCUCAAUUGCUGGAAUAGUUCUUACAACUGAAGCUGCAAUGGUUGAGAAAGUAAGGACGCCCAAGCCAGCUGUUCCUCAAGUUCCCGGAAUUACACCAUGACUUGCGGGGAAAUGAACAAAGGCAGUUCAAGACUUGGAUAUGCCAGAAGAGCUCGGUGUUUUGGUUCGGGUUCUACUUGGAAUUGUAAGAUAUGCAGUUUCCUUGUGAUAAUGGAUUUCAAAUGAGCAUCUGAGUAAGGGGAAGAAGACACCCAUUUUACACCGGCCAAACAACCGGCAUUCAUUCUUCUGCUGCUAACUUUUGGGGCUGCAUGUUAAAUGUUUGAGCUUUGGAGCAUUUCAAACAGCAUGGAGAGACACGUAGCACUCAAGGCAUUGCUUGACGAACAACAACUUUUCAAAGCAGCUGCAUCUCGACAUUGGUGAUUUUGUUUCCCUAUUGGUAGUGCCAGGUGAGUAGGUGACCGAUUUCACUCACCAGCUGUGGUAUUAGGAUGUCUGAAAUGGUGGUACUGUACCUUUGGAAAACUUGGAACAGGAAAGGAGUUCAAAUCAUGUUGGCUUAAUGUCUAAGUGAAGUAUGUCCUCAAUUCAUUAACAGCAGCCCACAAUCCUUCCAUUAUACGCCCAGCAACGUUGGGAUUUCUUACUUUGUUAAAGCUGGAGGUUGUUAUUGGUUGCGCAUUACACCAAUUCCAUACCAUUUGAGACACUUUUUUAUGUGGUUUUCCGGUUAAUUAUUUUUUAAUUCAAUUACUGCAA